CUGGGGAAUCCACGUGGGAGGUUCUGUUGAUGCGCGCCUCGAUGGGGAAGGCGCAAAAGAGGCGCAAUUGGCGGGCGCGGCUGCCAGGAUCGCCCAGGAAGGGGGGUCCCGCUCCCCAGGAGCCUGUGCAGCUGGAAUUGGGAGAUGAAACCAUCCUGAAAGGAGUGGAUGAGAGCAACGCCCUUGUCCUUCCGUCCCGGAAAACCCAGGAGAAACCGACAACCUGCCUUAAAAGUCCCGGAAAGAAACCCCUGACAAAGAAGCAGAAGAAGAAUUUGCAGAAGGUUUUGGAACAAAAAGCCAAGAAAGAAAAGCGAGUGGAAUUGCUGAAAAAGCUGAGUGAAGUCCAGGUGUCCGAGGCCGAAAUGAAGCUCCUCUAUACCACCUCCAAGCUGGGAACAGGAAAACGGAUGUUCCAGGCGAAAAGGUCAGUCCAAGAAGCGAAUGCCGGCUGGUCGAAGAAAAUCAAAAGCAUUGGGGGCACCCGAAGGAAAAGAGGCAGACUUGAAUUGGAGGAGGAAGAGGUAGAAGAAGAGGAAGAGGAGGAGAAGGAAGUUGAGGAUUCUGAAGAGGAAGAACCAUUUGACCAGGCACUCCCAGAAGCCUCCACCACCACCGAGACAGCAUCCAGAAAGGUCUCCAAAUCUCCGCUCUCUUUGCCCAAAGAAUUUGAUGAACUUUCCGGGCAAAGAGACGCAACCUCUAAGCCUCUGUCUGAACCUGCAGUGUUUGUUCCAGUGGAUCGAUCCCCCGAUAUUCAGGAAGCCAGGUUGAAACUCCCCAUCCUUGGAGAAGAACAAGUUGUGAUGGAAGCCGUGCGGGAGAAUCCGAUCGUCAUCAUAUGCGGGGAAACAGGUUGUGGGAAAACCACACAAGUGCCUCAGUUCCUCUAUGAAGCAGGCUAUGCGAGCACCGGCGGCAUCGGGGUUACCGAACCGAGGCGUGUAGCAGCGAUGUCUAUGUCUCAGCGCGUCGCAGCAGAAAUGAAUUUAUCCCAACAUGUGAUUUCCUACCAAAUCCGUUACGAGGGGAACGUGACGAAGGACACGAAAAUCAAGUUCAUGACGGACGGUGUGCUGCUGAAAGAAAUCCAGAAGGAUUUUUUGCUGUCCAAGUAUCACGUCGUCAUUCUGGACGAAGCCCACGAGAGGAGUGUGUACACCGACAUCUUAAUUGGCCUUCUAUCGCGCAUCAUCCCUCUCCGGGCUAAGAAAGGGCAGCCGCUGAAACUGAUCAUCAUGUCUGCGACGCUGCGCGUGGAGGAUUUCACCGCUAACCAGAAACUCUUUCGUGUUCCUCCUCCGGUUAUCCAGGUGGAUGCGAGGCAGUUUCCGGUCACCGUUCAUUUCAACAAGAGGACCCCGUUGGAUGAUUACAGCGGGGAAUGUUUCCGGAAAGUCUGCAAAAUUCACCGAAUGCUUCCUCCAGGGGGCAUUUUGGUCUUCUUAACUGGGCAAGCCGAAGUCCAUUCCCUGUGUCGGAGGCUGAGGAAAUCCUUCCCUUUUUGCAAAAACGCGACGCCGGGCUCUGACGAUGACUACGAUUCUCUGAAAGCCAUCCGAAGGUUUAAGAAAUCCAGACGGAAAAAGAAGCACGCACUGCCCAAAAUUGAUCUAGAUAAUUAUUCUGUUCUGCCGGUUGACGAAGGAGACGAAGACCGCGAGGCCGCCGAAGACGAUGAAGAAGCAAACUCGGUUGGUUCGGAUCUUGACCUUGAUCUGGGCGAAGAUUGCCUUCAAGAAGGUGAAAAACCGGAUUCUUCCCACCCACUUUAUGUCCUUCCUCUCUACUCUUUGCUGGCUCCAGAAAAGCAAGCCAAGGUUUUCAGGCCGUCUCCACCUGGGACUAGGCUGUGUGUCGUGGCCACCAACGUGGCGGAAACAUCUCUGACCAUCCCGGGCAUCAGAUACGUGGUUGAUUGUGGGAAGGUCAAGAAACGCUUCUACGACAAAGUCACCGGCAUCUCAUCCUUCAAGGUUAUGUGGACAUCCCAGGCUUCGGCCAACCAGCGGGCAGGCCGAGCGGGCCGAACGGAGCCAGGCCACUGUUACAGGCUUUAUUCUUCGGCUGUGUUCAGUGAUUUUGAGCAGUUUUCUGCUCCCGAGAUCACCAGGCGACCGGUUGACGAUUUAAUUCUGCAGAUGAAAGCCUUGAACAUCGAGAAGGUGAUCAAUUUCCCGUUUCCUACCCCGCCCUCCACCGAUGCCCUGAGGGCUGCAGAGGAAUUGCUGAUCGCCCUGGGCGCCUUGAAGGCGCCUGCCACAUCUGGAAGGUUGGAAAAGCUGCAGGAAGCCAAGUUCAGCUGCCCCAUCAGCCCUUUGGGCGUCCUCAUGGCCUCCUUCCCGGUGGCCCCACGUUACGCCAAGAUGCUUGCCUUGAGCCAGCAGCACCACUGCCUGCCCUACACCAUCGCCUUAGUCUCCGCUUUGACGGUGAGGGAGCUGUUUGAAGAGUUCAACAGGCCUGCCCUGAAUGAAGAAGAGCAGGAGAAGCUCAAAGGGAAGAGAGCCCGCGUGGCACAGAUGCAAAGGAUUUGGGCUGGCCAAGGACCUUCUCGGAAGCUGGGAGACCUCAUGGUGUUGCUUGGAGCGGUGGGUGCUUGUGAAUAUGCAGGAUGCAGUCCUCAGUUCUGUAGCACCAACGGCCUACGCUACAAGGCCAUGGUGGAAAUCCGGCGGUUGCGCGGGCAGCUCACAAAGACAGUGAAUGCCGUCUGCCCAGGGGCCGACCUCUUUGUUGACCCCCAAAUGAAGCCCCCCACAGAAGAACAGGUCACUUUCUUGAGGCAGAUCGUCCUGGCUGGACUAGGGGACCAUGUCGCUCGAAGGAUCCAGGCUCACGAGCUCCUUGACGAGAAGUGGAAAAACAGCUACAAGACGCCACUCCUGGAGGAUCCGGUCUUCAUCCACCCUACUUCCGUUCUGUUUAAGGAGCUCCCCGAGUUUGUGGUGUACCAGGAAAUCGUCGAGAGCACCAAGAUGUACAUGAAAGGGAUUUCAGCCAUCGAACCAGAGUGGGUGCCUCUUCUCCUGCCCCCCUACUGCCAUUUCGAAAAGCCUCUGGAUGACCCUGCCCCGUUCUACUGCCCAGAAACAGGCCACGUCCGUUGCCACAGGCCCAGCACCUUCUAUCGGGUCGGUUGGCAGCUUCCUGCAGUGGAGGUGGAUUAUCCCGAAGGCCUCGAUCGCUUCAAAUAUUUUGCCAGGUUUUUCCUGGAAGGACAGGUUGUGAAACCGUUGGCGGCCUACAGCCGUUGCCUGCUGUCCAGUCCGGUCACGAUGCUAAAGACAUGGUCCAAACUUCAGCCAAGAACAGAAUCUUUGCUUCAAGCGCUCGUUUCUGAAAACAUUGAUAACCGGGACGCUUUACAGCUGGCCUGGGAGAAAAACCCCAAAUAUUUGCUGGCUGAAUAUUGCCAGUGGGUUCCGAAAGCGACCCACGAGGAAAUUGCUAAAAUUUGGCCUCCGGUGCAUUGAGGCAGUGAAUGUUUGAGCCAGGAACUCUCAAAGCUUGUGUUCUUUCCAAAAAUGCCAUGAAGACUCUCCUGGGAAGAAGCCAGAGCCGUAACUGCACAAAGAACGAGGAGACAAAUUCAGCCUUUCUAUGUUUGUCAUCCCAAAGAGCAACCAACACGUGACCCGCUGAGUAGCAACAUAUGUGACGUUUCUGACCUGCAAAAAAAAUC